GUCAUGAUUAUGUCAUUCUCAACAAAAAGAACGCUUUAGUGUAAACUCCUUGCACUGGUGUGCACAGAAAGUGUUUCGAAAAAAAACAGACUUAAUAUAUUAACCGGGUCUGGUAAAUUUUUGGUACAAAAAAUUGUUUGUUCUGGCAACACUGACAUUACCUAAAACGUAUGAUUUUCACGAUAGGCAUAAAAAUGAACAUGACCUACAUUACUUGAUCUGAUGAAAUGUGAAGCUCUAUCGUACAUAAUAGAAUAUAAAACCUUUAUUAUCAGCCGAUAUAUGAGUUAUACUACGUUGUCAAUAAGUAGAAUCCAAGAUAUCUAGAUCUUUUCGUCGAAGUUGUUUGUAAAAUCGGAAAACCAUCGGAAUCGUUGAACAACAAAAAUGGCGUAUCGUGGUGUUAAAGGUUCUGAUCCGUUUGUGUCAAAAACCUCGCGAAAUGAACGUUUCGCGCAAAUGUCGAAGCAAGAACAAAUUAUUCAACAAAAGAAGCUGGAGAUCCAGGCGAAAAUGCAAGAACAGAAAGCGAAAGAAGCCGUCGAAUGCAUGAAAAAGUCAAAUUCAUCGGCCUCUACAACAACAAGCAGUAAAGGCAAUGGUCCAAAGGAUGAAAAUGAAAAACUCACCUCAUCCUACUGCAUGAAUGUAUUUGCCAACGAUGGCAGCUUUUUGGAUCAGUUUAAGAGAAUAGCAAAUAAUAAAGGAACUAGCAAACAAGAGAUACAAGAUAAAUACGAAGAUAAGAGAAGAGAUGACAAGUGCUAUGAUGUUAGAGAAAGAGACAGAGAUAGAAAACAUCGAAAUGAGAAAACUAGAGAUUGGGAUAGUCGACGAGACCGUAGGAGAAACGAUUCACGUUGGGGAAGAAGUUCAGAUAAUAGAAAACAUAGUUCCUCCUCAAGUCCAUCGCCUACUAGACAUAGAUCACCAUUAAGCCCAGAGACACGACAUAGUUAUAAUCAGUCUCAGAAUGGGCAGCGUGUACAGUUUAGUCAGCAAUUUCCAAUUCACAAUAAUAAUCACAUUUCUUCCAUCCCGUCUCUCAUGUCUCAGCCAGUGAUGCAAAUGACAAAUAUUCCUCCGCCAACUAUGAGGAAUUUGACACCAAAUAUCCCAUCUGUGCAUCUGCAGAGGCUGCCAGUAUCAAAGAAUUUUAACAAUAAUUACACUAAUAUAAACGAUCAUUCUAACAGUGCCAGAAUGCAAGUUGCACCACCACCACAUAUUAUACGUCCUCCGCCUCCACCACCUCCUAUCCAAAGCAUUCCGCCCAAUACAAAUGUUCCUCCGCCUAACAUGCAGAUUUCUCAGACUAUGCCUAUGGCCAAUUUAUCUUCAAACGGGCAACAGCACAUCAUACAAAAUCCACAACAAUGUAACAUACAGCCACCAGCAUGCAAUGCUAACUUACAACCACCCAAUAUUCCUCCUCCUAACAUACCACCACCAAACAUUUUGCCAUCGAUGUCGCAGAUGCCACCGACUAUGAUGCCUAUCACUGGCUCGCAAACCAUUGUGGUGACAGUACCGAAUGUAGCUAAUGUUCCACCGCCAAGUGUGAUAACGCCUAUGAUAAUGUCAGCGCCUCCGCCAGUGCAUACUGUUUCAUCGACGAUCAAUUCUGUUCCACCGCCAAACCUGAAUAUCCCCCCGCCAAACGUACCACCUCCCUCUGUCAUACAAAAUGCAGCACCGCCACCGUGUCUCAUGUCCACCAGCUAUGCCCUUUCUAAUCAGGUACCAAUUUCGGUGGGCCCACCUAACGUACAAAUACCACCACCUGUGAGACCACCGAUCAACCUACAGAGUUCCGAACAAGUGUGUCUAGUAGAGGCUGAGCAACUGGCACGCAUUGUGGCUGACUGUGGAGAUGAAAUUGAACAAGAAGUACGCGAGAAGAACGCUCAAGAUCCUAAAUUAUGGUUUCUGCACCAAAAGCAAAGUGCAGCGUAUCUCCAGUACAGGGGAUUGGUUUCGAAAUUACGCGCCGAGAAGCCAGAUAAGGAUAAGAAGAACAGUGGUGCUGAACUGUAUUGUCCUGAGGAAGCACUUAGUGACAAUGAUGAUAACAUGGAUAAGUCUCAAAAGCACAAUACGCUAUAUGUAGAUCAACCGAAGGACGAUAAUAAAGAGGAACGCAAAAGAAGAAGACGUAGUCGUUGGGGCGACGCGGACAUUAAAAUUCUCGUUACAGAAACAAAUGUAUCUCCCAAUAUUAGACCAGGUGCUGCACUUUCGCAACCUGGUAUAGCUAUACCGGGACAAAUCGGACAACCUGCUGUUAUAAUACCCUCUCCGCCCAAGGGGCAGCAUGUUAAAUCGAAGAAUCCGAUGCUUACAAAGAUUUCACGAAACGACCCGGCACUUAUCCAUUAUGCGAGACAAACUUUCGGCACACUCGAUCUGAGCGAAGAACAAUGGAAAAAGGCAGAGGAUCAUUAUAAGAUAAAUAUUUUGUACCAAAAUCUCUUAAGGAAGAGGGAGGAAGUGAAACGUUUGGAGGCGCAAGGAAAACACAAAUACGAGUACGACAGUGACGAAGAGACGGAAGGUGGUACAUGGGAACACAAACUCAGAUCCGCUGAAAUGGAAGCGACGCAAAUGUGGGCUGAGGAAUUAACAGCGCAGGCGGAAGGUAAACACCACAUUGGCGAUUUUCUACCACCAGACGAGCUGAAGAAAUUUAUGGAGCAAUAUAACGCCGUGAAGCAAGGGAAAGAGCCUGACUUGAGCGAUUACAAGGAAUAUAAAUUAAAGGAAGAUAACAUAGGUUUUCAAAUGUUACAAAAGCUUGGAUGGAGUGAAGGACAAGGUUUGGGUAGCGAAGGUAGCGGCCGUAUUGAGCCAGUUAAUAAGGCGACAAAUAGGCUCGAUAGUGCAGGUUUAGGAUCUGAGAGACCGGAUGGUGUAUCCAGAGACGAUGAUGAAUUUGACGCGUAUAGAAAAAGAAUGAUGCUCGCAUAUAGAUUUAGGCCUAAUCCAUUAAUACUGACUUACUUGUCAGAAGAUACAAUCUGUCAGAAGGUCAGCAGUGCAGAUAGAAGAGCAGCAGUGAUCUAGAUAGAUUAGAAUCAAUUUAUUGAAUAAUUACUUCGAUAUUGAAAACCUCGAAAAAGAGGUCGUAUUAUCAGUAGGGAAGAUGAGAGAGAUUUGAUAUCAAGGAGAGUUGGGACAAUGUUAUUUUCUAUCUACAUUUGA